CACUGGGGCGGGCCGCUCGCUCGCUCGCUCGGACAAGUGGCAGCGACGCCACCGCCACCGCCGCCGCCGCCGCGUUCGCACUGCCCCCCAACCGCAGCGGGUCUGUUUAAAAUACUCCCACACAAACUAUUCAUUUUGUUGUCGGGAGACACACAACAACAACAAAAUAAUUAAAACGUUAAACCGACCCUUUUUCCCCCUCUCCUCCCUCAUCCUUACCAUUUCCACCCUUUCCAUUUUACAUCUUUAAAAAAAACCCCAACAACGCGAUCGGGGCGGGAGGUUGGUUGUUCACCGGAGAAGCGGCAGCAACGUCGACGGACGGCUCUAAGAUGUCGCAGUUCGUGGAUAAUUUCUGGGGAGAGAAGAACAAUGGCUUUGAUGUUCUUUACCAUAAUAUGAAACAUGGUCAAAUAUCAACAAAGGAUUUGGCAGACUUCAUACGAGAGAGUGUCACAAUAGAAGAUACUUAUUCAAGGUCCAUGACCAAAUUAGCCAAAACAACAAGCAAUAACAGCCAGUUGGGAACAUUUGCACCAGUAUGGGAUGUUUUAAAAUUGUCAACGGAGAAACUAGCCAGUAGCCAUUUAGAUCUUGUACGAAAAUUACAAGAAUUAAUUAAAGAAGUACAGAAAUAUGGAGAUGAACAGACCAAGGCACAUAAAAAGACAAAGGAAGAGGUGUCAAGCACUUUGGAUGCUGUACAGAAUAUUCAGAGUAUCACUCAAACAUUGCAAAAAUCUAAGGAAAAUUACAGUGCCAAAUGUUUUGAGUACGAAAAGUUAAAAAAGGAAGGAGCAACACAGAAAGAAAUAGAAAAGGCAAUUGUCAAAUCUAAAAAAGCUACAGAAACCUAUAAAUUAUAUGUGGAAAAAUAUGCAGUGGCCAGAACAGAUUUUGAACAAAAAUUAACAGAAACCUCAAGGAAAUUUCAGGAAAUUGAAGAAGCUCAUCUUAAGCACAUGAAAGAAAUAUUGAGUUGUUUCACACAAUCUAUAGAAGAAACUCAUAUACAGAUUGGUCAGGUACACGAGGAGUUAGUGCAAAAUAUUGAGAAUACUACAGUUGAAAGUUUGAUACAGAGGUUUUCUGAAACAAAAGGCACUGGUAAAGACAGACCUGGUUCUGUUGAAUUUGAAGAAUGUAACGUAACCAAUGUUUUAGAAGGGGUGAAGAAGUCCAGAAGGAAAACUCUUGGAAUACCUGGACGAAAGAAAAGAGACAAAGAUACGGAUUCAGUGGAAUCUCCAGAUGCUGAUUCAGUUAAUAUACCAGAGGUGGACGAGGAAGGUUUCUGUAUCAAGCCAGAAGCGAAUCAAACUAAUGCCAAAGAAAAUAAUUUCUAUUCAUCAAGCGACUCAGGCUCUGGUGAUGACGAACCCAAAAAGUUCCACGUGCAAAUUAAGCCCAUGGAACCUAGUAAUGAUGCUAACCACACAUUAGAAGAGCUGAAAGCUUCCAUCGGGAAUAUCACACUUUCUCCCUCCCCAUCCAGGCAUAGUCCGAUCGCAAUGAAGAGAAAUUCAUCGAGUGAAGAGCUGAUGCGAUCAAGAUCACACGUUCCAUCUGAGGCCAAAAGGGUCAACAGUGACUUGUUUUCAUUGGAUCCAUUGUUUGGACCCCCACUUGAUUCCUCGUCUUCAUCCACAUCAACAACUUCAUCAGCUUUCCCUUUCCUUCCAGUAAGUAACACUUCUGAAGUACACACGUUUUUAACUUCAGCUGAAUUAACAUGGCAUGAAGGGAGUUCAACUUUCUCGAGCCCUAAUUCACCAUGGGGUGUAGAAUAUGAGUCCUCAGUGAAGCACCAGUCAAGCUGUGAGUCUAAGAGUCCUAGUCCUGGUUCAGGUUUUAGUGUAGCAGCAAUUUUAGAGACCUUAAAUGGCCACACUGUCAUUCCUACUUCACGGACUCAGUGGAUUUCAUUUAAUGAUGAGCUAAAUUCAAGCAGACCUUUAAACUUAUUGAAGGAACCAACACAUAUUAAAGCUCCAUCAAACUCCAAUCCUCCUGUGGCCUCCUUUCAGUUGUCGUCUUCCAACAGCACUUUUGAUGACCAAAGUGACCUUCAGAAUGAUUUUACAGGCAACAAGAAACUACCUAUUGAAGAGAAUGACACAGGAAGUUUUCCAUCCUCUGCAUCUCAACCUGUGGAUGUUAGUUUAACGCCUGUGGUUGCACAUUUAAAUAAUGUAUCGCCGCCAGCAAGACCCACUACUCCACACAAUACAAGUAUGCUUGUGCCACCACCGCGUCCUACUUCCAGACCAAAGCUUUCGGCGACAAAAUUGGGUGGAAUUAAUGAAAUAUCCAGAUCAUUCAGUCCUACUUCUUUGUCCACGACAAGUCCACCACCUAUAGCCCCACUGGCACGUGCUGAAAGUACAUCCUCAAUUGGGUCCUCUGCUUCUCUAAGUACAACAACCACACCAACAGUUGUCUCAGAGCUUUUACGUAUGAAUUUUGCAGUUGGAGGUCACGUGUCUGAUGGUGAUGUGUUCACUGGGAAGCUUCCUUCAUUUGAGAAACGCAGUGAGACGCCUGCAGGUACUUCUCGUGGACCCAGUCCUAUAACUCUUGGGUCACAAGAUUCCUUACCAGUUGCAACUGCGUUUACUGAAUCAGUUAAUGCUUACUUCAAGGGAGCAGACCCAUCAAAGUGCAUAGUUAAAAUCACUGGGGAUAUGACCAUGUCCUUUCCAAGUGGCAUAAUUAAAGUUUUUACCAGCAAUCCAUCACCCGCUGUGCUAAGCUUCAGGAUACGGAACACCAGCAAAUUUGAGCAAAUUCUUCCAAAUGCACAGCUUGUGUAUAGUGAUCCAUCACAGUGCGACUCCAACACAAAGGACUUUUGGAUGAACAUGCAAACGCUCACUGCCUACCUCAAGAAACUGGCUGAACAGAAUCCAUCUUCUUCCUACUAUAAUGUGGAUAUCAUGAAAUAUCAGGUGUCCUCAAAUGGUAUUCAGUCAACACCACUAAACUUAGCUACCUACUGGAAGUGCAGUCUUACCACUACAGAUAUUCGAGUAGACUACAAGUAUAACCCUGAGGCAAUGGUAGCUCCCUCUGUACUAUCAAAUGUCCAGAUUUUGAUGCCAGUUGAUGGUGGAGUCACCUGCAUGCAGUCACUGCCUACUGCCACCUGGAAUCCAGAACAGAAGAAGGCCUUAUGGAAACUGCCUGAAAUUUCAGAGAAGUCAGAGAAUGGAGGUUCUGGGUCUCUCCGAGCCAAAUUUGAAAUUUCUGAAGGUCCUACAAAACCAUCAACACUUGCAGUCCAAUUUCUCAGUGAAGGUUCCACACUGUCAGGAGCAGAUGUGGAACUUGUAGGCACGGGCUACAGACUUUCUUUGAUAAAGAAGAGAUUUGCUACAGGUCGAUACAUGGCAGACUGCUGACAUUUCCAUCAGUAAAUUUUGUCUCACUGAAGACAUGGCAUUUGUUUUGAUGGUACAUUUAUACUUGCCUUCAGUCACAAACUGCAAGGCACGCAUGAGAAAAAUGAUGGACAAAGAAUAUUUUCAAGAAUAUGAAAAAAAUAUAUAUAUUCUGCCUUCUGCCUUUUUUGGUAAUUGUUUUGAGGAAAUUCUUACUACACAAUUUUAAAUGCACUUUCUUUUAGAAAAAAACAUCAUAUUGGGGAGAAUAAGUUGUAUUUUUAUUAUGUUAAAUUAGCACUGAUGUGAUUUUCAGCACUGUUUAAUUUUUUUGAAACCUGCAAUAUUCAGGAAAUUUUAAAUAAAUGUUUUUGAAGACAUUAUUUUAUUUAGACUUUAAUGAAGUCAAACCAGUGAUCAGUAGCUAUGCUGAAAAUGUAAAAAUGUAUAAUGUAUAUCAAACAGUUAUAAAUAUAUACAAUGGAAGAGCCAGCAUUAACCAUUUGCCUUCACUUUGCUUCUACACUAAGCUGAAACCUUUACAAAUUACAAAGUUGUGCUAAUUGUAAAAUUAGCUAAUGCAAAAAAAUAUGUUGGCAGAUCGUUAGCAGAUAUACAAGUUGUACUUGUGAACCUGAACAGGUUUACAACCUGUAUGAUUCUGUUGUUUCUUGUGCCAUACAAACAAAUAUUUUCUGAGGACGAUAUUGAUCAGCCUAAAUGGAUGAUAUUUUAUUAUUUUAAUUCUCACAAUUGGUAAGUGAGUUCACAAGUGCUUUUGAGAUACUAUUUCACACAAGUGAACAACCACCUUGGAACUAUUGUUGUAUGAUCACACUGUUCUUGAUAGCCUUUCAAUUAACUCUGGAACACUGCUGCAGACCAUUUAGUGAUUCAUGCAUAAUCUACCCUUUCAUUACAAAGUAAUGAAUACCGCUGGGUAAAUUAAAUGCAGUUACUUCUGUUUACAGUGUAAUUAAUGAUCAUAUUCCUGCACAGUGGAAUUAUCACUAAUCACUGUAAAAUUAAAAUGAUCUACCAUUCAUUGGAAUAAGUGCCAUCUCUUUCUGUGAACUUAAAAUUGUUAGUAAACAUGAAAUAAAACAACUGUCUAAAGGGCAGAAAGAAUUGACAUAGUCCGACAAUUGAGAAUUUAGGUACUGGUCUACAGUUUCACAUGGUAGAUAUUUUUGGGAGCAGCAUUGGGCGUGGUAUUAUGUUUUUUGUUAAACUGGGAGUGCCUGGAAUUUGUCUUCUUCAAAUGUACUUGUAUUAUUUCAGAAUUUAAAUAAAUGGCAUCUAGAGUUUCACCAAGUCACCUGGUCAAGCAAAACUGGAAGUAUUUUUCUAUCUUGUAGUGUUUCAGGUCAGAUUAUUUUGCUUUAAAUAGAUAAAAUCCUUUAACUACCCCAUUGCCAAAAAUUAACAGUUCACAUGCUAAUAUAGCAUAGAUAUAUUUUAUCAAGGCUAUCGUUAAAAAUAAAAUGUGCCUCUAUUGUGCCUGUUUGGUUUUCACAAUGAAAAAUUAUUAUCUAAAAACAUUUGUAUCUAUAAACAUUGCAAUCAUUUGUAUAUAAUUAUACUCAAAAUACUUAGAUUCUUUUAUAUUUGGAUUUAGAAGGGAAAUGGAUAUAACACAUCUACAUUCUUUGAUAAAUAAUCUUUUGAAUAUUUUAUUCCAUUUGCUAGGCAAUUUGUAAUAAAAUGCAGCCAUUGUAAUUGGAAACAUUUGUUUAAUAUUUUAUAAGAUACUCAUGUUCUUCGUCUGAUAAAUAAUGCAUCUACUGUUGAACAAGUGACUUGCCUUAGUGCCUCAUGUUGGCAAAGUCACGACAUUGUCACCAUGAGCAUGGUCAACUUCAAAACUCAACAUAAAAUCAGCAAUAUAUAGUAAAGAUAUUAAGUUUGCCUUUGUUUAAAUUGUUGGGCCAGAAUAUGGACUCUAUAGUACAUAAAAAUCACAGGUAUCAUUAUUUGUCUUUUUUUAGAGUAACAAUGCUUCCUAAAAGGUGAUAUAAUUUCAUUUAUAAUGUUUUACAAAGUGCAGGGCUGGUGACGUACUGUGACACAUACCUAACAUUUCUUUAUAGAACUUUCUGUGUUAUUUUAAUGAUUUUUUUAAAACUGUGGCGGAGGUGCACUUGCUAAAUUUGAAUGUUGUUUGGCAGGAAUGUAUUUGUAAUAAUUUUUUAUGUUGUCUUGUUCAGAAAAUAUGUAUAAAUCUUUUAUGUUGCAGACGUUUUUAUAAUCUUGGCAGCGUCACAUGUAAAAUCUGCAUGGAAUACUAAGAAUAAGAGAUUAACAGCUAUAUGGUUAACUGUUGCAUUAAUUUGAACUAACAUGUUUAUCUAGAGCAUUUUAAUAAUAGAGUGUGAGGGGGGGAGAAAGGCUAACACUUUGUGAUUUAACAAAUCCAAUUCAAAAAUUACUGAUCAGUUAUGGAGUACGACAAAAAGUCAGCUAUUGUAAAAAUUACACUACACAACUCUGUGCCUGUAACUCUUCUAACAACUUAUUGACCUGGCAAUCUCAAAACAAACAGCCGAGAAAAGUUUCAGUUCCAAUUCUUACACAAUGCAUUGUUAAUCUGUCAAAGGAAGGGCAGCAUCUUUGAUUAAUGCAAUCGGGUUUGGAUCAAUGGAUUAGCAACGAACAAACUAGCCAAUUGCAGUCUAGAAGUGUACACAUGUUAUUUUUGGAUGAACAAGGGCUUGGGAUUUACUGUGAUGCCCUUUUGUUUGAAAAACUCACUCGCUCUGUCCAGGAUCAUAUAUUUAAGUAUGACUACUUUAAUUAGAUGCCAGAAAACCAGUGACAGCUAUUUCGAAUUACAAUCCAGCACAAAUUCCUGCCUUUUGCAGAUAAAGGGGAAAAUAUCAAACAAUAAAAGGGCCAAAAUGUGUAGGAAGGAACUGCAGAUGCUGGUAUAUACCGAUGAUGGACACAAAGUGCUGGAGUAACUCAGCGGGGGAGGCAACAUCUCUUGAGAAAAAUAAUGGGUAAUGUUUCUCAGAAAGGUUUUAUUUUCGUGUGCAGUACCUUGCAAGUUACCAUAGAAAGGUUGAUUGAUGAGUUUUAGAUAACAGACUAGAGUUAAUAAAACAAUAAUGGAAUGUUAACCAGUAUUAAUGUCCAAACCACCCAAUAAUUUUACGUUAACAUAUUCAACACAAGUUCUAAGCCUCCAGAACUUGCUGUUCAAUAUUGUUAAUGCAUAGAGCAUUUCCUCCUUGUUACCUUGUUACCUAUAAUUCCUAAGAAUUUACUGGAUUUUAAAUAAAUUAACCACAGAAUAUAUCCCAGUGAGUUAAAUUUUAUUAUUAAUCGGUGAAAGUAUUGCCAACAAAAUAAUUGUUGAUGACCGUCAAUCAACCACUUUGAUCCGAAACAGAAAACGUGAGAUUAUGACUUUUUUCACCCCUUUUCAUUUCCUCUUGCUCAAAAUACAAUCUUGUUCUCUCUUUCCACUUCUCUUUCCAGAGCUCAAAUUUAAUUUAUUUCGUACACAAUCCUUUAAUCACAUCAAUGAAGUUAAUACAUUACCUUACAACUCAAGCCUUGUGCUGCCUGCCCUAUUUCUACAAGUUCAGAUCCAGUCAGUUUAUAAAUUCAAGUAUUUUCCAGCAAAUGAAUGUU